AGAAAAGCUGCUGGGCAUUGAUACAUUUUGAUCUACGAGCAUGGGCAACUUCCUCGUCUCGUCGGUCUGUCGCGCGCACAGCCGCUCUGAGGCCGUAUAUGCAAUCGUAAAGGCGCAGGUUGGUGCACUGCGAGGCCGCCAGCGUCACGGCUCGCCACUGCAUCGACGGUGUGCGGCGCAACAGGCGGCAUUGCUGCGUGCGCUUUCGUCGAAGAUGGCGCUUACUGCCGCUGUGAUGAGUUGCUGGGCCGCGGCAGCUACAGCCCGUGCCAGGGCCGCGUUCAUUACGUCACUCGUAUUCAUCGCCAAGAAGUUUAUCGCGAGCGCGAGCCCACAGCGCACAUUACCACCGCAGGACUACGAUGACGUAUUCGACGAGUUCCACGAUGUCUUCGAGACAGCCCCCCGGCCGACAAAGACGCUUCGAGAGUUGCAACACAGCGCCAACCUGGAGGCUGAGAGUCUCAAGGCAGAGGCCGAAGUGCAACAAGAAGAAGCAGAACAGAGCGAUUCACCAGAGGAUACUGACAACAAUGCAGCAGAAGUCAAGGACGACGAGACGGCCUAUGACACUGACGGCACGAACCAGCUGAGCGACUUGGACGACGAGUACGAGCUGUUACCGAAGCUAGAAGAAGAUCGAGCGUUCUAUGCCGAUCCGGACAACAACCAGAAGGAGAGCGAUGCUAGCCGGACGGAGGGCGAGCGACUGUUGCAGCUCGCCUCGAGCAUCUCCGACACUUCGAUGCGCGUCGAGGAAUUUAUUAUCAGCGGCAAACACGACAAUUUUGAGGUCAUUACGAAAGAUGUGGACGAACACGCAGCAGAAGCCAGCGAAAGCGAAAAGAGGAGCAUCGUACGCGUGCUACUGGCCUACUGUGCCUACAGUGAAGAUUCGAAUUACUCGAGCGAAAUGGUGCUGACAGCAGAGGAGUGUUUGCAAGUGUGGCAGGGAGACGAAGAUCGCGCGUUCAAGUCACUCGCGGUGCUCUGUAGCGACGUCCCGCGUCUGUGUGCUGCUCUUGAGUGAGCCUACUGAUCUGCUGCAGUGAAGUCUUAACGACACUUUAUUUUAUGGAGAAAAUAUUUGAUAAAUUGUCACUUUUGAGUAAAACGUCGCCUUCGAGCGUUGGUCACCAGUACACGUGCAUUAAUAAUUAGGAACUGCGACCGAUAAGAUCAUUUCCGAGAUGCUGUCGCGG